AGACCGACUCUUCAAUAAUAACCAUUCUCUCAUGUCUCUCAUCUACAAUUAUUUUUCCAACAUAUCAAAAUAUAACUUUUCAAAGGGAAGUGGUUACACCCCAAAUUGUGUAUACAUAUGCAACCUCAUAGUCCCAUUUCCAAAAACACAAUACCCAUCUCACAAAAACUCUCUCAUUAGUCAUCAUCCAUCACUCAUGAAAGAAGAAACCUUCUUUUUCCGGCGGCGGUUCUUGGCCUCUGGUCUCAUUUUCCUCUUCCUUCUUCCUCAAGCUUUCACUUACAUCACUCAUCCGAUCUACCCGUGCUUCCCACACGCUCCUUUCCUUCCUCCAAUCGGAAACCCAAGGCUCUUAAAAGCUUUCGCAGCUCUUCAAGCUUGGAAGUUCACCAUAACCUCUGACCCAAACGGCUUCACUUCUAACUGGUGUGGUCCUCAUGUUUGUAACUACACAGGCGUGUUUUGUGCACCGGCUCUAGAUAACCCUUACGUCUUAACCGUCGCUGGUAUAGACUUAAACCAUGCUAAUAUCGCCGGUUAUCUCCCUAUAGAGCUUGGUCUCUUAACCGAUCUUGCCUUGUUCCAUAUCAAUUCAAACCGUUUCGAAGGUCAACUCCCCAAAACUCUAAAAUGUCUCCAGCUUCUCCAUGAGCUUGACGUCAGCAACAAUAAACUCUGCGGUGAGUUUCCUUCCGUGAUCUUCUCCUUACCUUCUUUGAAGUUUCUCGACAUUAGGUUCAAUGAGUUCGAAGGAGAUGUUCCUAGCCAACUCUUUGACCUAAACCUCGACGCUCUCUUCAUUAACGACAACAAAUUCCGGUUUAGGUUACCGAGAAACAUAGGUAACUCUCCAGUUUCGGUUCUUGUCUUGGCCAACAACGAUCUCCAAGGAUCUUGUGUACCUCCAAGUUUCUACAAUAUGGGGAAGACGCUGCACGAGGUCAUUCUCUCGAACUCACAGCUAACCGGUUGUUUAAACCGGGAAAUCGGUUUGCUUAACCAGUUGACGGUUUUCGACGUGAGUUACAACAACUUGGUGGGUUCUUUGCCGGAGACGAUUGGUAAUAUGAAGAGUUUGGAGCAGUUGAACAUAGCUCAUAACAAAUUCUCCGGCUACAUUCCGGAGAGUAUCUGUCGGUUACCAAGACUCGAGAACUUCACUUACUCGUAUAACUUCUUCUCCGGUGAGCCACCGGUUUGUCUGAGGCUUCAAGAGUUUGAUGAUCGUCAAAAUUGUUUACCUUCAAGGCCAAUGCAACGGUCUCCCGCUGAAUGCAAAUCUUUUGCUUCUCAUCCUAUUGAUUGUGGAUCUUUCGGCUGCUCUCCACCUAGUCCACCGCCUCCACCACCGUCUCCUCCACCUCCACCGCCAUCACCGCCGCCACCAUCACCUCCACCACCAUCACCUCCGCCACCACCACCACCAUCACCGCCGCCACCAUCACCGCCGCCGCCAUACGUGUAUCUUCCCCCACCAUCACCGCCACCAUAUGUGUAUCGGCCUCCACCACCACCGCCACCAUAUGUGUAUCGGUCACCAUCGCCACCGCCUCCGUAUGUGUACCCACCGCCUCCUUGUUGAUCUUCCACGCGGCGGUGCAUGACUAAGGCUUCUUUUGACCUAGUGGGAUGCAAUAGUUGAAAGUUGAAACUGCCAUCUGUUUAGGUGUUGUGUUCUACGUUAUGUAACGCUAGUGUUCAUUUAAUUGUUCUUGUUUUAUUAUUUAUUUUCUUUAGAAUUUAAUUCUCAAAAAGUUGAAUGAGCUUCAAUUGUUUGUGUUGUUAAAAAAUAUUUUAGUUAAAUGAAAAUUGAGGUGAGAUAUAUUUGUAA